GCUCCCCGCGCAGCGCGGCUGUGUUUGCGGCCUGUUAGAGUACGCGUCUCGGAACCAGUCUCACGGGUGAGCGGCGCGCAGAAACCUUGAACUGGUGGAGGCUACUCAUAACUUGAAGCCCGGAAAGGGUGCUUAGAUAGUACCGUUUCCUCAGCGGCGGUUCUAGGAAUAUGAAGAUUAUUUUGAAGUUAUAUAAUAUGGAUUUAUAUUGCCGUGGAAAUGCCAUUUUAAUACUGGGCAGAGAGGAACAGACCAAAAGGAGUGAAGAGAUUGGACUUCUGGUUUCGCACCGGACUGUUAUAGUGUGACGUGAUGUGUAUUAGGUAGUUGGCAGUAGUGUAUGAAAAAAUUCUGUAUUGUCUUGAGACCUUUAAUUUUUAAACGGUUAUUUCCAAAAUCAUUCAGAGGCCUAGAAAGCCAUUCAUUUGGUCUUCAGUUCCAGUCCGUCAUGGUUCAAGUAGACAUCAUCCUAUUCUAAUUCAUGUUUCUUAAACCUUGGUUUUUCUUCAUCUGUAUAAUGAGGAUUGUAAUAAGGAUUGUAACCUUAUAGGUUAUUGGGAUUGGGGAGUAAUUGAGAAAAAUGUGUGUAAAGUUCUUAAUGCAGUACCUAAGUAACAUAGGUGUUUAAUUUGUGUUGGCUGAUAUUUGUUAUUCUUAAAGAAUUUUUAGUGAAGUACAAGAGCCUACCGUGACACUAACAUUUCUUCCUGUAUAGUCUGAACAGGCUUUUAUAAAUAAAGUUAAUCCUUAAGUUCCUUGCUCUCAUUGGUAUGUUAUUACUAGAAAGAGGCAUGGUGGUAUAGUGAAAACAGCCAUUGGAUUCCUGAUUUAAGGAUAGUCCUCCACCUACUUAAUCUGUUCUUUUGUACAUGUUUUUUCAUUCAUAAAAGAGAAUAAUAUAUCUACUCCAGGUUAUUUUGAGAUUAAAUGAAAUAGUGCAUGUUGGCAGCUCUUGUAAACAGUAAGGCUAAAUAAAAAUAUUAGUUGAUAUUUUUAUUAAAUCAUCAUCUUGAGUUUACCAAGAUUUCUUCCUUUUUGACCACCAAAGUGUUUUCUUUUUUUUUUCCUUUUUGUGGGGAGAGGGGCGGGUAAGACUUGGGUAGGGUACCAAAAGGAGACUUUUAGGAAGAAUAUUUUUGUUUUCCUAUUGUUGCAUAUAGGCACCGUAUAUUAAUAAUAGUUAUAAGUUUUCUUUUUUCAUAGUUUAGUACCUUUUUAUUCCGCUGUGUUGAGGGUCUGAAAUAAUUUUUUUAAUAAAGUUUGUCCGUUUUAAAAUUGAGCAACUACUUCAGAAGUAACAUAAGUUUGAGAUGUUUCAGGUUAAGUUACUUUUUUGGCUACAGAUAAAUUAGCUAUAUACUUUUCUGAUUAUAUUGAUUAAUUUGUAACUUUGGAAGAAAAAGUAAUCAUUGAACUUUUUAACAUCUUGUAAAAACAUUUGUGUAUUUUUAAAAUCUCUUGAUAGUCUUUUCUAACACUGUCACUGCCAUUCAUAAAAGAAUUUUCAUUGAUUACCUGUUACAGUUUCUUGAAUACAGGGUAACUUUUUUUCUCCCAAACUUUUUUUUUUUUUUAAAUUUUAAAACUUGCAGAAAGUGAAAGGGAGAAUAUAAUAAUCCCACUACCCGUUGUUAUGAUUGGUCUUUUUUUUUGCCUACUUUUUUUUUUCCUUAUGGUAAAUAUGGAAAACCCUGGUGGCGUAGUGGUUAAGAACUACAGCUGCUAACCAAAAGGUUGGCAGUUCGAAUCCACCAGGUGCUCCUUGGAAACCCUAUGGUGCAGUUCUCCUUUGUCAUAUAGGGUUGCUGUGAGUCGGAAUCAACUCGAUGACAACGGGUUUGGUUUUUUUUACGGUAAGUAUGUAAGUAACAAGACAAAACCUGUACAGUUCAGUGACACUAAUUCUGUUCAUCCAGUACCAUUUACCUUUCCUGAACUUUUCUAUCACCCUUAACAGAAUGGUAUUGCUUUUUUAACUUUUUAUUUUGACAGUUUCAAAUUUACAAAAAACUGCAAUAAUAAUACAAAGAAUUCUCAAAUACCUUUCAAUCAUAUUCCCCAAAUGUUAACCUUUUGCCAAUUUUCUUCAUCCUCCUCUCCAUUUUUCUUCUGAAAUGUUUUGCUAGUAAGUUGCAGAUUUGAUACUUCUCAGUUUCCCCAUACUUAAGUGUAUAUUUCCUAAAAACAAGGACAUUGUGUUAUUUAACAACAGUAUAAUGAUCAAAACCAGGAAAUUAGCAUUAUCUAAUCUACCGGUGUCAAUUGGAUUUUGCUAGCUUUAGUAAGGUAUGAUUGACAUUACCAUAACAUUGACUUGGUAUGAAUACCGAGUUUUAGUAAAUGUAGAGUUGUACAUCAGUCACCACAAUCCGGUUUUAGAACAUUUCUAUCACCCCAAAAAGAUCCCUCUUGCCAUUUUGCAAGUCAUUCCCUGUUUCCACCCCAGGUCCAGGCAACCACUAAUCUUUCUAUUUUUGUAGUUAGUAUUGCUUUUUAAUCAUUGAGAAUGGUAAAAUAGCAAAGUGGAAGUUUUCCAGAAAAAGAUCAUCCUCCUUUUAGGAGAUUCAAAACAUUGGAGUACUUUAUGCCUAUGAAAAGCUUUGCCAUAAAAAACACUUUUUUGGCUAAUCAGACAUUUUCUUGAUUCUUCUUUGGGCAUGGAACAUCUUUUUUCUAGGAAUAAUUUCUGCAGAGACUCAAGUUCUGUGGAAAUUCAGUUUGAGAGGUGAUGUAAAGAGAUUGCUUUGUUUAGACUGGAGCGGUUGUAUCAGUCUCCAGUGUACCUAGCAAACUGAGCAGAACAGGAAACAGCAUGUGUUACACUAAUAAUCGUUUAUAUUCAAUAUAUAGCCACUGGGCUGACUGUAUAAUUUUAUAUAGUAACUUAUUUUUCACACUUUCAGAAUACAAAUAAUGCCUAGAAAAGAACCUGGCACGGAGUUGGAGGUAGAUAUUUAUUGAACAAGUUGUAUAUGAAUGUUUACAGAGAUGAAUCUAUUGCUCUAUUUGUGUCUUAUCAUUUCAGAAAUUUUUUGGCACACGGUGUAAUGGGGCUGGCCUGUAAAUUCACCCCUGGUGAAAUACUUUCUAUGUGGAUAAUUCUGCAAAGGAAGAAUGCUUAGAAGCAGAAACUCACUAUAUUUUGCGUGCCUGUGGCAUUCUCAGGUGCCGGAAAAAGAAUGGUUUGAAAGAGUAAAGAUAGGAGUUAAAAAGAAAAAAGCAAGAUGCAUCCAUAUGUAGAGAUAAAUGGUAGUAGAGAGAAAUCUUAUGUGUUUUGUUUUUUUGACCAAAUUUAUUGCAAUAAAAUUUACAUACAAUAAAAUGCACCCAUUUUAAGUUUGAAGAGUUUUCGACAAAUCCAUGCACCUGUGUGACCUCUCACUUGUGAUAUGGAAGACUUCCAUCAUAGGUGCUUGUUUUUGUUACUUUGGGCUACCGAGUUUCAUACUUGGCAGGUAAAAAUGCUUUAAACUUUGUAAAAGAGAAGCACUGCUGAUUCAAACAUUUUUUUACAAUGCUAUAUAGAUCAUUUUAGUGCUAAUAAAAUACAUCUGCCUCUCUUAAACCCCACCUACAAUCCUUCACAAAUAAUAAUGUCUGUUUUCAGAAUAUAUGUACAGAAUCCAGCCAUUUGUUAUCACUUACAUUACUAGGCCGCCAUCUCUUCUCUGGAUUAUCGCAGUAGCCUCUUAUAUUCUUGUUCCUCUCCAGUCUUAUUUAACACAGUGGCCAGUGAAACUACUAAAAUGCAAGUCAAGUCAAAACCUUUCAAAUGUUUUUCAUCUUAUUCAGAGUAAAAACGAAAACCUCUACUGUGGCCUACAAAGCCCUAUUUUCUUAAGACACACACACCCCACCCCCAUUAAUACUCAGCAUUUGUCUCCUACUUUUCCUCAUUUGCUCUGCUCUGGCCAUACUGUUGGCUUUACUCUUCCUCCUUCUUGGCCUUGGCUGUUCCUCCUUCAAACAUUCCAUGCCCACCUCAGGCUCUUUGUAUUCUCUGUUUCCUAUACUGGGAAGGUUUUUCCCCAGAUACGAUUAUGGCUUCCUGCCUCAGCCUGUUUCAAGUCUUCGUUCAUGUCACUUUCUUAGUGAGGUCUGACCACUGUACUUAUUUAUUUGUUACAUGGUUACUUUACCAGUUGUUCAUUUUAUUGUUAUGUACUAUAACUUAAUUAUUUUAUGUGUAUUCUUGAGUAUAACAUUUUACAUUUGAACAGGAUCAUUUUAAAAACCUACAGGCAUUAUAUAGAAAAUGUCAUUUUUCAUGGGCAAAACUAUUUUCUAACUCUCUAAAAUGUUUCUUGCAUAGUAUGGAAUAAGUUGUAGUAAAUUAAUUCAUGUUCCCCUUUCAUUACUGUGUUGAGAAAUCUUUUCUGGCUCAUAAUUAAAUGAUUCUCGUAUUUCCCCCUGAAAUUAUUCAGACAUGAAGGAGUGUAAUGCAAUAAAGACCUUUUUAUUCUUAAUAUUCAGACUAUGUUUUGGCCACAGAUAGUUUUUAUUUUUUUCCAUCUUUUGAAGUAUGGAUUGCUUCAUUAUGUUUCUGUUGCCAUAGAAAUGUUCAGCUGGCUUUUUUUUUAAUUUUGUAUUGCUCUUGUUGAUAAUAUACACAGCAAAACAUACACCGGUUCAGAACCGCCAUAUUUAAAAUAGCUCUCUUACCUGCUUUAUUUUUCUACAGAGCACUUACCAACUUUCAAUAUCUCUAUAAUUUAUUUAUGAGAGUGUUAUAAUUUGUCAUCUAUAGGUGAUGUAACUGAUUAGCUUUGCUUAGGCUAUGAAAGUUUAUUCUCAAUCAUUUUCUCUUGUGCCAAAACAUAUAAAACUUUGUUGAAAUAAGUGGUGGUUACUCAUUUCAGGAUAUUUAAAGUGAACAUUUAUUUAUUAAAGAGCACCAGAAAUGUACUUUUUCUGAAUUUCCAUAUGAGGUGUUCAUUGUUUGUAUAAUCAUACAAAUUAGCCCAUUAACUGCUAUAUUUUUACUUUCAUUUUUGAAGUCCAGCCUGUGAGUGAGCAAGUUUUAAGCAGUUCCAGAUAACAGAGAAAUAUUUCAUAGAAAAAUUACAAGCAAAUGGAAUAGGUAUAUUGCUAUAAACUAAAUGUGUAUAGUCUGUUUAACUUUUAUUGAGUUAAUUAUGUAUUUUAGAAAUGUGAAAUAUAGUUUAAACACUAAGACCAUAGAGUUUUUUUUUUUAAUAUAUAUUUAUAUCUAGUAAUGGGAAAAAAAAAGUGAUUCUAAAGCUAAAUUCAUGACCUUUGUAGUCAGUGGGUCAUUGCUGGCUAGUACCUGGCAAGUAGUUGCUUCUUAAUAAAUUUGUUUAACGAGGUCCUCACAGUUUGUUUAUUGAUUCAUUCAUUAAUUAUUUAUUCAACAGGUAUUAAAACCAACUGCCCUCCUAAGAAAAUGCUGAGAUAGAGUAUUAUAAUGAUAAUACAAGAGCUUCUGUAAGUAGGACAGUAGCACUCUGUUUUAAAAGGCAGAUACAAUCCCUUCUUCCCCUUUCCGUAUAGAAUUUGUUUUUUUUGGGGGGGGUGGGGGGCAAAAUGGUAUUACAAAUUAUAGAAUUUAAAAAAAACACAUUUAUGAUUUUAAUAGUAUUUUUAAAAAUUUGUUAAGUAUGUGACAUCAUCUUAGGAAUUCCCUUUACCUGUAAAGUUAUCCAAAUAUUUUAUGUAUGCUGUGUUUCAUGAAAUUGAAAUUUAAAGUUUUAAAAUAUUGUAUUUUCCCAACUUACUAAGUCAGAGAAACACUCGGAGGGAGAACAGCUGUGAGCAUGAAAGAAGUACUCCUCUAAGACUUUCUAAAAUACGGCUAAUAAACAGAUAAAAAGAUGAUCAACCUCAUUAGUGUUAGAGAAAUGCAAAUUAAGAGGAUUUUUUACCUACAAAAUUGUUAGAAUUUAAACACAAAAUUUUGCCUGUGUUGGUAAUGGUGAGAAUAUAAGGAAAAGGAGAGUACUCAUAGACUGGUGGUGGGAAUAUAAAUUUGUACCAAAGUUGUGGAGGAUGAUUUGUAUGUAAUGUGUAUUAUGGAAUACUUGCACAGUUCCAUAGGGCUAUACGCCCAAUAUGUCCAAGAAUGUUCAACAUUAUUUGUAAGAACUAAAAAGUGGAGGCAGCCAUCAAUGUUAAAUUGUUUUAUGUUUCUGUUACAAUAGUUUGCAGAAUUACAAAGAAUAGAAUAGAGUUUUAUGAAAUGACAUGAAGAGAUGUUAAUGAUAACAAGGGAGAAUUGCAUGUAACAAUAUAGUAUGAUUACAUUGUUUGCAGAAAAACAAAUACAUAUUAGUUUGGGUAUAGAAAGAUAUUUAGAAGAAUACAGUGUAUCCACCCAUUGCCCUCAAAGAGUUGAUUCCACCUUAGAGAGAGACUACAGAACAGAGUAGAACUGCCUCAUAGGGUUUUGAAGGCUAUAAGUCUUUAUGGAAGCAGACUGCCACAUAUUUCUCCUGUGGAGUGAGUGCAUGGUGGGUUCAGAUUGCUGACUUUUUGGUUAGCUGAGCGCCUAACCACUGGGCCACCAGGGCUCCUUAUAUCAAACUGUAGUAAAUGGAAGAUUUGCACUUUUUACCUACUCUCUUCUGAAGGGUGAGUGAAACAAUAUAUAAAAUGUAAAAAAAAAAAAAAAAAAUAGACAAACAUUUGUUAAACUUUCAACAACUCUAGACUCCUUCAGUUAUGGCAUAUAGGUAGGGGAGUUUUUCCUAGUGUCAAAUAUCUUCUGUUGAUGAAAUCACUAAUUGAAGUGGAAUCACUGAUACAGGAUCAAUGUACCUGUUUCAGCUAUUUUUAUUGGUACAGGGAACCCUCCUACAACAUCCUAACAUUGUUUUUCUACUUUCUUCAGGAGUUCUAGACUCUUUAAUUAUGUUGACAAAAAUACAAAGUUUUAAGUAAGGAAAAGUUUUAAAAACUUCUAUUGUUUAAAAUAAAAUAAGCUAAAGUACAAAGUUGGAUUUCCUUUAAAUGAUACUAUGACAAACUAAAACAGUAUUCUUGAAUUUUUUUUAAAAAAUCAAAUGGUAGCAUCUGAUUGUUGAAUUUGAUUCAUGAAUGAUUAAGAGGUUUGCUUUUAAGUUUAAAAUGGUUACUUUUUAUCAUUGCCAUCAAUUGUAUGUCCUCUGUGUUUGAGUGGUUACUAUGUGACCUCGUAUCAGGAGUCUUCCUUUUCCUCAGGUUUGUAGUUCACUGAUAACUUGUCCUUGAGGAACUGCCCAUCUUGAAUCAACAAAUACUGUGUAACCUUGUAAAUUAGUUUUCAGGAUGCUGAUGGGUAUAAAAAAAAGUGUGCAUCAGUUCACUUAAAAAAAAAAAAUACUAUUAGAUACCCUCCUGGAGUCUGAGUUUGGUUUUAAAAGAUUGGUUGAUGUUUGGCAUUUAAUUUUUGGAUAUUAACUGAACCUCAAAAAUUUUUUCUUCCCUUUAUAUGUAUUCCCAUAUGAUUGUAGGAGUCUAUCCUGAACUUAGAUCCUGUACAUUUUGGGAACUUAUUUUAGAAAAGAUCUAAGUUUUAAUUCUCAAUGGACAGACAGAGAAAAGAGGGUCUUUGCCAACUUCUAUGGAACACUGCAGUAAGAAUGUCUUUCCCCCCUCAUUUGAAUCGUCCUCCCAUGGGAAUUCCAACACUUCCACCAGGGAUCCCACCCCCACAGUUUCCUGGCUUUCCUCCACCUGUACCUCCAGGAACUCCAAUGAUUCCUGUACCAAUGAGCAUUAUGGCUCCUGCUCCAACUGUCUUAGUACCCACUGUGUCCAUGGUUGGAAAGCAUUUGGGAGCAAGAAAGGAUCAUCCAGGCUUAAAGCUUAAAGAAAAUGAUGAAAAUUGUGGUCCCACUACUACAGUUUUUGUUGGCAACAUUUCCGAGAAAGCCUCAGACAUGCUUAUAAGACAGCUCUUAGCUAAAUGUGGUUUGGUUUUGAGCUGGAAGAGAGUACAAGGUGCUUCUGGAAAACUUCAAGCCUUUGGAUUCUGUGAGUAUAAGGAGCCUGAAUCUACCCUCCGUGCACUCAGGUUAUUGCAUGACCUGCAGAUUGGAGAGAAGAAGCUGCUUGUUAAAGUUGAUGCAAAGACUAAGGCACAACUUGAUGAAUGGAAAGCAAAGAAGAAAGCUUCUAAUGGGAAUGCCAGGCCAGAGACUGUCACUAACGAUGAUGAAGAAUCCUUAGAUGAAGAAACAAAGAGACGAGAUCAGAUGAUUAAAGGGGCCAUUGAAGUUUUAAUACGUGAAUACUCCAGCGAGCUCAAUGCCCCCUCACAGGAAUCUGACUCUCACCCUAGGAAGAAGAAGAAAGAAAAGAAGGAGGACAUUUUCCGCAGAUUUCCAGUGGCCCCGCUGAUCCCUUAUCCACUCAUCACUAAGGAGGAUAUAAAUGCUAUAGAAAUGGAAGAAGACAAAAGAGACCUGAUAUCCCGAGAGAUCAGCAAAUUCAGAGACACACACAAGAAACUGGAAGAAGAGAAAGGCAAAAAGGAGAAAGAAAGACAGGAAAUUGAGAAAGAACGGAGAGAAAGAGAGAGGGAGCGUGAAAGGGAACGAGAAAGGCGAGAACGGGAACGAGAAAGGGAAAGAGAACGUGAACGAGAAAAGGAGAAGGAACGGGAGCGGGAACGAGAACGGGAUAGGGAUCGUGACCGGACAAAAGAGAGAGAUCGAGAUCGGGAUCGAGAGAGAGAUCGUGACCGAGACCGAGAAAGGAGCUCAGAUCGAAAUAAGGAUCGGAGUCGAUCAAGAGAGAAGAGCAGAGACCGUGAAAGAGAACGGGAGCGGGAAAGAGAGAGAGAGCGGGAACGAGAAAGAGAACGGGAGCGAGAGAGAGAGCGAGAAAGGGAACGGGAGAGAGAAAGAGAAAAAGACAAGAAACGAGAUCGAGAAGAGGAUGAAGAAGAUGCAUAUGAAAGGAGAAAACUUGAAAGAAAACUCCGAGAGAAAGAAGCUGCUUAUCAAGAGCGCCUUAAGAAUUGGGAAAUCAGAGAAAGAAAGAAAACUCGGGAAUAUGAGAAAGAGGCUGAGCGAGAAGAAGAAAGAAGAAGAGAAAUGGCAAAAGAAGCUAAACGACUAAAAGAAUUCUUAGAAGAUUAUGAUGAUGAUAGAGAUGAUCCCAAGUAUUACAGGGGAAGUGCUCUUCAGAAAAGGUUACGUGAUAGGGAAAAGGAAAUGGAAGCAGAUGAGCGUGAUAGGAAGAGAGAGAAGGAAGAGCUGGAGGAAAUUAGGCAGCGCCUCCUGGCAGAAGGACACCCAGACCCAGAUGCAGAGCUCCAAAGGAUGGAACAAGAGGCUGAGAGGCGCAGGCAGCCACAAAUAAAGCAAGAACCAGAAUCCGAGGAAGAGGAAGAAGAAAAGCAAGAAAAAGAAGAAAAACGAGAAGAACCCGUUGAAGAGGAAGAAGAACCGGAGCAAAAGCCCUGUCUCAAACCGACUCUGAGACCCAUCAGCUCUGCCCCAUCUGUUUCCUCUGCCAGUGGCAAUGCAACCCCCAACACUCCUGGGGAUGAGUCUCCCUGUGGUAUUAUUAUUCCUCAUGAAAAUUCACCUGAUCAACAACAACCUGAAGAACAUAGGCCAAAAAUAGGACUUAGUCUUAAACUGGGUGCUUCCAAUAGUCCUGGUCAACCUAAUUCUGUGAAGAGAAAGAAACUUCCUGUAGAUAGUGUCUUUAACAAAUUUGAGGAUGAAGACAGCGAUGACGUACCCCGAAAAAGGAAACUGGUUCCCUUGGAUUAUGGCGAAGAUGAUAAAAAUGCUGCCAAAGGCACCGUAAACACUGAAGAAAAGCGCAAGCACAUUAAGAGUCUCAUUGAGAAAAUUCCUACAGCCAAACCUGAGCUCUUUGCUUAUCCCCUUGAUUGGUCUAUUGUGGAUUCUAUAUUGAUGGAACGACGAAUUAGACCAUGGAUUAAUAAGAAAAUAAUAGAAUACAUAGGUGAAGAAGAAGCUACAUUAGUUGAUUUUGUUUGUUCUAAGGUUAUGGCUCAUAGUUCACCUCAGAGCAUUUUAGAUGAUGUUGCCAUGGUACUUGAUGAAGAAGCAGAAGUUUUUAUAGUCAAAAUGUGGAGAUUAUUGAUAUAUGAAACAGAAGCAAAGAAAAUUGGUCUUGUGAAGUAAAACUCUUUUUGCAUUUAGAGUUCCAUUUCAGAUUUCUUCCUUCCCACCAUUCAAAGGACUUUGAAUUUUUCUUUGUCCUAAAAGACAUUUGUGAGAUCUGUAAUUUUUUUAAUGUAGAAAAUGUGAAUUUUUUUUGUCCUCUGAUUUGUCGACGCCCUGUGUACUCCCUUGGUUGUAAAGUCAUCUGAAUCUUACCUUGGUUUUCUUUAUACUCACCAGGUACAAAUUACCAGUAUGUUUUAUAAACCACAGCUAGUGUACACAGCCUAUCUAAUAUAAUCUUGUUCUGCUGAUUUGUUCUUGUAAAUAUUAAAAUGACUCCCCAAUUCUUUUGCAGAAUUGCACUUAAUAUUGAACUGUACUGUUUAAGAAUGAACAUGAAUGAUUUUAAUUGAAAGAAUACCAGUCACAUCUACCUACUAUCCCCUUUUAAUCAGAAAUGGCAAGUCCUCACGAAGGUGUGGAAUUUAAAAUUAGAAUGCAAAAAUAAGCAGACAAUCCAUUCCUUCCAUAUCUCUGUAUGAAUGUGUUUGUGUGAAUGUUUGUGUAAAAGACUUAUUUUUCCCUAAUCUGCUUUCGAGGGCUCCCUUAAGUGUUUCCUAAAAGCAGAGUAGAAUCGAAAAGAGAUAUUGUGCCAGUCCAGAUGUCUGGGAUAAUUAGGUUAUUCUUCUCCCAGAGUGAGCACCAUGAACAGGAUGGGGUUUCCCUGUUUAUGGCUGACUGCUUCACCAUCCUCUUCUAAUGGAGUGUGAAUCAUAGUGAUUUUUCCCUUUUAUUGUUCAAAAAUGAGGCAGAUCCUUAGAUUCUGGAGUGCUUUAUUUAAUACAUUUUUGCUCUAAUUCUUAAUUUUGAUGUGCCCCUUUGGAAAAAUUUUAGAAAAUCUUCCUUCCAAAAGCGUAAAUUUAAAAAAAAAAAAAAUCUUUUUAAAAGAAAAGGUCUUUAUAAACAAACAAAAAAGAUAAAAUUAGGCAGUUUUGGACACUAGGAAGUUUGAUUAACAAAUAGAAUUCAGCUUGGCAAUUUUCAAGGUUUACAUCUUAUUUCUAAGGAAAAUAAAUUAUUUAUGGCAGUUAUCAACCACUACUAAUUUUUUAUCUUCAUUUUUGUUCUGUAAAGGGUUUGUAUCAUGUGUGUACUUACACACACACAAAUUGUUUUAUCUCCGCUCAUCGAAGUUUAAAAAUAUAAUGUGCUUAAAGUCGUACAUAGGCUAUCUUUAUUGUAGAUCAGAACUUCACCAGGGAGCAAAAUUGCCUGAAAAUGUAACAAGUUUUAAAUAGUUCAUAACACAAAUUAGGUGCAGCUCUUCUCAUAUCAGUGUAUUUAUUUAAGAGAGAGAAAGAUUGGCCUGUUAGAAAAGCUUAACUGUGAGCUUGAGUUACUAGAUUUUUUUACAUCUUAAGAGGACAUUUGAAAACACUGUUCUUAACAUUGGAACAUGGGAUGGUUUCAUUAUGUAAAUAAUUCACAUAUUAAAAAUGUAUAUAUUUGA